AUGUCAAACCCUGCUGCUGUGGGUCCGGUUGUAAAUCCAGCUGUUUGUCCGCCGACGUUUUCUAUUGAGCCGUUCGACAAAAAGAAACUUCGAUGGAAACGGUGGGUUCAACGCUUACAGACGGCGUUUGCCAUUUACGGGAUCAAUGAGGAAAAUUUGAAGAGAAACCUGUUGCUCCACCACAUGGGCCCGGAUUCUUAUGACGUCAUAUGUGACAAAGUAGCUCCUGCUUCGCCGGAUGACCAAACGUAUCAGCAGAUUGUCGAUACGCUGGAUAGAUUCUACAACCUCCAACCAUUAGAAAUAAGCGAAAAUUUUCGUUUCAAGUGUGGCAGACAGGGCGACAAGAAUGCUAUUUCCCCGGAAGAGUCAAUCGACGAAUAUCUAGUUGCCCUUCGUCGAAUCGCUACUACCUGCAGUUUUGGCAACUACCUCGAGACGGCAUUGAGGAACCAGCUGGUGUUUGGCAUCAAGAGGAACGACAUUCGGAACCGGUUGUUGGAAAGACGAGAUCUUACGCUGCAAGACGCGCGGGAUGUUGCUGUCAGUAUGGAGUUGUCUCAAAAAGGUGUUGCUGAAAUCGAGGGAAGUGCUACCAACCAGGAGGUUCAUGCGAUACACCAUGCAAAACUGUUAAAAGCGAACAAAGUGCAGAAGGCAGAAAUUGCUGUCAAAGUUGGUAAAAAUUCGAAAGAUGCUGUUUGUUUUCGUUGUGGUGAUGAGUCACAUUUCGCCAAUACGUGCAAGCACAUGACUACAGUGUGCUCAUUCUGCAAGUUAAAAGGACACCUAGCUAGAGUAUGCCGGAAAAAGGAAUCCGCUUCCAGUGCCGCUAAUUCGCGAUCGUUGGGAAGAUCUAAUUCCGGUCAGGCAAAUUACGUCGACGAAUCCGAUUUGAAUGCAGACGAUGUCGAAACAAACGUGCGCGAAGUUUGUAUCGUAGACUCUAAAUCGAGCUAUGCAAAGUACGGGUUGAAUCUGCGGGUGAAUGGGAGGAAAUUCUUUUUCAAGUUGAUACCGGAUCGCCGUAAAACCAAGCUGAUGAGUUACUGCAAUACUAACAUCGAAGUGUUGGGAAUUUUCGAUGCGCGAGUUGAAUAUGAAGACUUAAAGGUUAAGUUACCCUUAUAUGUGGUGGUUUCGAAAAAGCAUCCGCUACUCGGGCGCGAUUGGAUGCAGGAAAUCUCGAUCGAUUGGAAUAGAGUACUUGUAAAUGUGAUUGCUGCCGCUAUUCCGGAUCACACCACUGCGCUGCAAGAGGUGUUGAUGAAAUAUCCGAAAGUUUUUGACGAUUCAAUCGGGAAGAUUUCUUACGUACAAGCUCACCUACCGCUGAAGAAUGAUGCUCGACCAGUGUUUAUGAAGGCAAGGAAGAUCCCGUUCAACAUGCGGGGUGCGGUCGAGAGUGAAUUGGAUAAGCUGGUUGCCGAAGGUGUGCUUACUAAGGUCAACCAAAGUAAUUGGGCUACACCAAUCGUUCCGGUAAAGAAAUCUCAAGGUCGUGUGCGAAUUUGCGGGGAUUACAAACAAACCGUGAAUCCACAUCUUUUGGUGGACAGACACCCGCUGCCUACCGUAGAUGAGAUGUUCGUUUCGCUGGUCGGUGUACAAAAAUUUAACAAGAUCGACCUGGUUCAAGCUUACUUACAAAUGGAAGUCGCUCCGGAGGAUCGAGAAAUCCUGACGCUGAAUACACAUCGGGGUCUGUACCGACCACAUCGGCUUAUGUAUGGGAUUGCUUCAGCCCCAGCAAUAUGGCAACGACAGAUAGAGACAAUACUACAAGGCAUCGAAGGGGUGAGUGUAUUCCUAGACGAUAUCAAAAUAACUGGCAGUGAUCAAGAUACGCAUCUACGUCGGCUCGAAGAAGUCCUUCAGCGACUGAGUGAAUGGAACAUCCGAGUGAAUAGGUCCACAUGCGAAUUCUUUGCGGACGUUAUUGAGUAUUGCGGCUACAUGAUCAAUAAAGAGGGAAUUCAUAAAAUUCGGGCAAAGGUUGAAGCCAUCAAUGGAAUACCAAUUCCAAAGAACAAGGAGGAGGAAGUCGUCCACCAACCAUGCAAACGCGGACGCCAUGUCACGAAUGCCAUUGCAGGAGGCCGAUCCAGAGAACAAAUUGAGAAGCUGCCGAUAACAACGGUGGAGGUGGCGCAGGCAACUACAGAAGAUCAAACUGUUCGUGUGCUGGUCCAAGGAAUCAAGUACGGACAGGUCGUUGACUCCAAGGAUCGAUUUGGUGUAGAACAAACCGAAUUUUCGCUACAGAAGGGAUGUUUGCUGAUAGGAAUCAGAGUCUACGUACCGCAGGUAUUGCGGAAACGGGUGUUAGAGGAGUUACACUCAACACAUUUCGGAAUUACGCGUACCAAAUCGCUGGCUAGAGGCUACUGCUGGUGGAUUGGUAUGGACCGAGACAUUGAGACGAUGAUUGCAGAUUGUACCGAGUGCCAAUCGGUGAGAUCCUAA